AAUAAAAAUAAAUCAAAAAGAAGGAGGAGAGAGACAGACAGACACCAAGGUACCAUCACUUCCAAUCUCCACACCACACCUGCCAAAACAGAGGCCUGGGGAGGAGGCAAGGGAUGGACUUCUGCUUUUAGCCCAGGGUGGGUUUUCCAGGAGGGACUGGGGCUGCAGGGAAGCCAAGUGGGCUUUAAUUGAUUGCCUAGACUCAGAGCCACUUCCUGGGGUGGGAGGAGAUAAAGAUGACUCAGUACUGCCCUUUAUGAAGCCCUAGCUUAGUUUUCACUUAGGCUUGGGGGAGAGGCUACUGAGUGCUGUACUCACACAAUAGGCACCAAGUUCAAAGGGCAGAAAGCAGUCGUGUGCUGUGUGAUUUGGAGUGCUGCUUAACCUCUCUGAUUUGCCACUCAGUUUACAAGUGGUUACAGUAACUUUCCGUCUUUUUUGUGUAUUUCACAGGUAGUUAGAAAUCAGUUGUGUCCUGUGUUUCAUCUUAAUCGGAAAACUAAAUUCUCUUUUUGUUUAGGUAAAGCUUUGUUUAAGCCCCCUUUGAAAGAGCAGUUUGCCAGUCUGUUCUUGCCCAAACAUCUAGAGAAUCACUAGCAAGGGAGCCAAGAUCAGAUCCAGGAUCUGCAAGCAUCGUUAGCAACUGAGCAUAUUUCUAUAAACCAAUAAAGGUUUUUCUAUUUUGUUCAUCUGUUACCCUUAUGGUGUUGCCACUUUCACAUGCAGAAUCUGUAGGCGGGAGUCUGAGAUAACAGCAUUGCACAAAUGAAAGCCCGUGGAAAAAGGCUGCUUUCACUUUAAGGCAGCUUCAACUCCAGCUCCCUCCCCUUUCCUGAUUGACAAACCUACCCGAAGUCACGUGAUCCGCCUCUAUUUGAAGGUCACAAAAAGCUGCUUCCUUUAGAGACAGAGGGGGAGAGAGAGAGCAGGAGGGAGAGUGAGUGAGAGAGUUAGUUCAAGCCAAAAUGGCCGACAGAGUCUCUGCUGGUUUCUGAAUAUUUAAAAUACAAAAUACAGAUAGACAAAAAGAAUUCAUUUUUUGGACCUUUUUUCAUUUCCAUUUCUACCUUGUAUGCCUCAAUUUGCUGGAUUUAAGCACUGCUGCACUUUAUGAGAGAGAAGGAGCAAGAAAGGGAAGAACAGUUAAUGGAAGACAAGAAAAGGAAGAAAGAGGAUAAAAAGAAAAAAGAAGCCACUCAGAAGAUCACGGAACAAAAAACCAAAGUGCCCGAAGUGACGAAACCAAGUUUAAGCCAACCCGCGGCCGCCAGCCCCAUUGGCAGCUCUCCAUCGCCACCAGUCAAUGGUGGCAACAAUGCCAAAAGGGUGGCAGUGCCGAACGGACAACCGCCAAGCGCCGCCCGCUACAUGCCUCGGGAGGUGCCACCGCGAUUCCGUUGCCAGCAGGACCACAAAGUGUUACUAAAACGUGGGCAGCCCCCUCCACCGUCCUGCAUGCUCCUCGGGGGUGGGGCAGGGCCUCCUCCCUGCACAGCGCCUGGAGCAAACCCCAACAACAACGCACAAGUGACAGGAACGCUGCUGCAGGGCGAGAGUGCGACUGCGCCAGAGUCAACCCUUGGAGGUGCUGCUGCUUCAAAUUAUGCAAAUUCCACUUGGGGCCCGGGAGCCUCCUCCAACAACGGCGCCUCCCCCAACCCACUUCACAUCUGGGACAAGGUGAUUGUAGACGGGUCUGACAUGGAAGAGUGGCCUUGUAUUGCCAGCAAAGACACUGAAUCUUCUUCCGAAAACACCACCGAUAACAACAGUGCCUCGAACCCUGGCUCUGAGAAGAGCACUCUGCCAGGAAGCACCACUAGUAACAAAGGCAAAGGGAGCCAGUGCCAGUCUGCAAGUUCCGGGAACGAAUGUAAUCUUGGGGUCUGGAAGUCUGACCCUAAGGCUAAAUCUGUUCAAUCUUCCAACUCUACUUCAGACAGCAACAAUGGACUAGGAAAUUGGAGGAAUGUGAGCGGUCAAGAUCGAAUUGGACCUGGCUCUGGCUUCAGCAACUUUAACCCAAAUAGCAACCCAUCUGCCUGGCCGGCGUUGGUCCAAGAAGGAACUUCUAGGAAAGGGGCGUUGGAGACAGAAAAUAGCAAUUCCGGUGCACAAGUGAGCACAGUAGGUCAGGCAUCCAGGGAACAGCAGUCAAAGAUGGAAAAUGCGGGUGUUAAUUUUGUUGUCUCUGGCAGAGAACAGGCUCAGAUUCAUAACACUGAUGGACCAAAAAAUGGAAACACUAACUCCUUGAACUUAAGUUCACCAAACCCCAUGGAAAAUAAGGGAAUGCCCUUUGGGAUGGGCUUGGGGAACACCUCCAGGAGCACUGAUGCCCCUUCACAAAGCACUGGAGAUCGAAAGACUGGGAGUGUUGGGUCUUGGGGUGCAGCUAGGGGGCCUUCUGGAACUGACACAGUCUCUGGACAAAGCAAUUCUGGAAAUAAUGGGAACAAUGGAAAAGACAGAGAGGACUCCUGGAAAGGAGCUUCUGUUCCAAAAUCAACCGGGUCAAAAACUGACUCUUGGGACAACAAUAACAGGUCUCCGGGUGGGUCCUGGAGCUUUGGCCCUCAGGACUCUAAUGACAGCAAGUGGGGUGAAGGGAACAAAAUGACAUCUGGGGUCUCUCAGGGAGAAUGGAAACAGCCGACUGGGUCUGAUGAGUUGAAAAUUGGAGAAUGGAGUGGUCCAAACCAACCAAAUUCUAGCACUGGAGCAUGGGACAAUCAGAAGGGCCACCCCCUCCCUGAAAACCACGGCAAUGCCCAGGCUCCCUGUUGGGGACGGUCUUCCAGCUCCGCAGGAAGUGAAGUUGGAGGUCAAAGCACUGGAAGCAACCACAAAGCAGGAAGUACAGACAGUCAUAACUCCGGCCGUCGGUCGUACAGGCCCACACAUCCUGAUUGCCAGGCCGUCUUGCAGACUCUUUUGAGCCGAACUGACUUGGACCCCAGGGUGCUCUCAAACACUGGCUGGGGUCAAACUCAAAUUAAGCAGGACACAGUGUGGGAUAUUGAAGAGGUGCCAAGGCCUGAGGGGAAAUCUGACAAAGGAACUGAGGGGUGGGAGAGCGCUGCCACACAGACCAAGAACUCAGGGGGCUGGGGAGAUGCACCCAGCCAAAGCAAUCAAAUGAAGUCUGGAUGGGGGGAGCUCUCAGCCUCGACCGAGUGGAAGGACCCCAAGAGCACAGGAGGCUGGAAUGACUAUAAGAACAACAACUCUUCUAACUGGGGAGGAGGACGAGCAGAUGAAAAGACCCCUUCCUCUUGGAAUGAGAGUUCCUGCAAGGAUCAGGGGUGGGGAGGUGGGCGCCAGCCCAACCCAGGAUGGACUUCUGGGAAGAAUGGUUGGGGCGAGGAGGUUGAUCAAGUGAAAAAUAACAAUUGGGAAAGUUCUGCAAAUAAGCCUGUAUCUGGGUGGGGUGAAGGAGGGCAGAAUGAAAUUGGAACUUGGGGUAACGGUGGGAAUGCAAACCUAGCUUCAAAAGGUGGCUGGGAAGAUUGCAAAAGAUCCCCUGCGUGGACUGAGACGGGGAGACAGCCCAGUUCCUGGAAUAAACAACACCAACAGCAGCAGCCACCGCCACCGCCACAGCCAGAGGCUUCUGGUUCAUGGGGAGGCCCACCCCCACCACCUCCAGGCAGUGUUCGACCUUCCAAUUCCAACUGGAGCAGUGGGCCCCAGCCUGCAACCGCUAAGGAUGAUGAACCCAGUGGUUGGGAGGAGCCAUCCCCGCAGUCAAUUAGCCGAAAAAUGGACAUCGAUGAUGGCACUUCAGCUUGGGGAGACCCUAACAGUUACAACUACAAGAAUGUGAACCUGUGGGAUAAGAAUUCCCAAGGGGGCCCACCGCCUCGUGAACCAAACCUGCCUACCCCAAUGACCGGAAAAUCAGCAUCAGUCUGGAGCAAAAGCACACCACCAGCUCCAGAUAACGGGACUUCAGCCUGGGGUGAGCCAAAUGAAAGCAGUCCUGGGUGGGGUGAAAUGGAUGAUGCAGGAGCAUCGACCACAGGCUGGGGAAACACACCUGCCAGCGCUCCCAAUGCCAUGAAACCCAAUUCCAAAUCUAUGCAAGACGGCUGGGGGGAGAGUGACGGGCCGGUCACAGGAGCUCGCCAUCCUAGCUGGGAAGAGGAGGAUGAUGGAGGAGUCUGGAACACCGCCGGCUCUCAGGGAAGCACUUCCUCCCACAACUCAGCAAGCUGGGGACAAGGAGGGAAGAAACAGAUGAAGUGCUCACUAAAAGGAGGAAACAAUGAUUCAUGGAUGAAUCCUCUUGCCAAACAGUUUUCAAAUAUGGGAUUGCUGAGUCAAACAGAAGAUAACCCAAGCAGCAAAAUGGAUUUGUCUGUAGAUAAGAAAUUUGAUGUGGACAAGCGAACAAUGAAUCUCGGGGAUUUUAAUGAUAUCAUGAGGAAGGAUCGACCUGGCUUCCGUCCACCUAAUUCCAAAGACUUGGGAACCGCAGACAGUGGGCCUUACUUUGAGAAGCUGACUUUGCCUUUCUCCAAUCAAGAUGGGUGCCUUGGGGAUGAGGCUCCCUGCUCUCCCUUCUCCCCUUCUCCCAGCUACAAGCUGUCUCCCUCUGGUUCCACACUACCCAACGUCAGCCUUGGAGCAAUCGGCACAGGGCUCAACCCCCAAAACUUCGCUGCUAGACAAGGCGGCAGUCACGGUUUGUUUGGAAACAGCACAGCACAAUCGAGAGGCCUGCACACUCCAGUGCAGCCACUGAGUCCUUCUCCUGGUCUCCGGGCGCAAGUGCCUCCCCAGUUUAUCUCCCCCCAGGUUUCUGCCUCAAUGCUCAAGCAGUUCCCCAACAGUGGCCUGAAUCCAGGUCUCUUUAAUGUGGGGCCUCAGUUAUCUCCUCAACAAAUUGCCAUGCUGAGCCAGCUUCCACAGAUUCCCCAGUUUCAGUUGGCAUGUCAGCUUCUCCUGCAGCAGCAGCAGCAACAGCAGCAGUUGCUACAGAACCAGAGAAAGAUUUCUCAAGCAGUGCGCCAGCAGCAAGAACAGCAGCUGGCAAGGAUGAUGAGUGCUCUGCAGCAGCAGCAGCAACAGCAGCAGCAACAGCAACAACAACAGCGGCAGCCUAGCAUGAAGCAUUCUCCAUCUCAUCCUGUUGGGCCUAAGCCACAUUUGGACAACAUGGUACCCAACGCGCUGAAUGUGGGACUCCCAGACCUUCAGACCAAAGGGCCAAUCCCUGGAUAUGGUUCUGGCUUCAGCUCUGGUGGCAUGGACUAUGGCAUGGUUGGUGGCAAGGAGGCUGGGACUGAGUCUCGCUUCAAACAGUGGACCUCCAUGAUGGAAGGGCUGCCUUCUGUGGGCACACAAGAAGCCACCAUGCACAAAAAUGGCGCUAUAGUGGCCCCUGGUAAGACCCGAGGAGGGUCACCAUACAACCAGUUUGAUAUAAUCCCAGGUGACACGCUGGGUGGCCAUACGGGUCCUGCUGGUGAUAGCUGGUUACCUGCCAAAUCUCCACCGACUAAUAAAAUCGGAAGUAAAUCCAGCAAUGCCAGUUGGCCUCCAGAAUUCCAACCAGGAGUGCCAUGGAAAGGUAUCCAAAAUAUUGACCCUGAAUCUGACCCCUAUGUGACCCCAGGAAGUGUGCUGGGGGGUACAGCCACAUCUCCCAUUGUAGAUACUGACCACCAGCUGCUGCGGGAUAACACCACAGGGUCUAAUUCUUCCCUCAACACCUCGCUGCCUUCACCUGGUGCCUGGCCCUACAGUGCCUCUGACAACUCCUUUGCCAACGUUCAUAGCACUUCAGCAAAGUUCCCUGAUUACAAAUCCACGUGGUCCCCAGAUCCCAUAGGACACAACCCCACUCAUCUCUCCAACAAGAUGUGGAAAAACCACAUCUCCUCCAGGAACACUACACCGCUGCCCCGCCCACCUCCUGGCCUGACCAACCCCAAACCGGCAUCUCCCUGGAGCAGCACAGCACCCAGAUCAGUCAGGGGGUGGGGGACACAGGACUCUCGAAUUGCCUCGGCCUCUACCUGGAGUGAUGGUAGCUCUGUCCGACCUAGUUACUGGCUGGUUCUUCACAAUCUCACUCCACAGAUUGAUGGGUCAACCUUGAGAACGAUCUGCAUGCAGCAUGGCCCACUGCUGACAUUCCAUCUGAAUCUAACCCAGGGCACUGCCCUGAUCCGGUACAGCACCAAACAAGAGGCAGCCAAGGCCCAGACUGCACUGCACAUGUGUGUGUUGGGAAACACUACCAUCCUGGCCGAGUUUGCCACUGAGGAUGAAGUCAGCCGCUUUCUGGCUCAAGCUCAGCCCCCUACACCUGCAGCAACCCCAAGCGCACCUGCCACAGGAUGGCAGUCACUGGAGACCAGCCAGAACCAGGCAGACCCCGUCGGCCCUGCGCUGAACCUUUUCGGUGGGUCCACCGGGCUCGGGCAAUGGAGCAGCAGUGCUGGCAGCAGUGGUGGGGCCGACCUCGCUGGCACUUCCUUGUGGGGUCCCCCAAACUAUUCUUCUAGCCUGUGGGGAGUCCCGACGGUGGAAGAUCCCCAUAGGAUGGGCAGCCCUGCUCCUUUACUACCUGGUGACCUUCUGGGAGGAGGGUCGGAUUCAAUCUGAACUUAGAACUUUCAACUCUGACCUCGUGACCUUUUUUUGGAACAGCAGCAGCACUAACUUGACCUUUUCGUUUUUUUUUUCAACUUGCAAUAAAUACAUUUUUAAAAGGAAAAAAGAAAA